UCCCAGAGCUCUGCCGGGACUUGGAGCACCAGCAGGGAGGCAGCACCCACAGCCCUGGGCAUGGCUGUGAACGAGACCAGUGACUGUUUGCUGACGAACAGAGUACUAGAAAAGUAUUAUCUCUCCACCAUGUACAGCCUUGAGUUCAUUUUAGGCGUCAUUGGAAACACCAUUGUGGUGUUUGGCUAUAUUUUCUGCCUGAAAAAAUGGAAAAGCGGCAACAUCUACCUGUUCAAUUUAUCCAUCUCAGAUUUGUUAUUUCUGUGCACUCUGCCAAUACUGGUGAACAGCUACUCCCAAGAUCAGUGGGCAAACGAGGGCAUCCUGUGCCACAGCAACAGAUUCCUGCUGCAUGCCAACCUGUACAGCAGCAUCCUCUUCCUCACCGCUAUCAGCAUUGACCGGUACAUGCUCAUAAAACACCCCUUCAGGGACCACAUGCUACAGAAGAGGAGAACAGCUGUUAUGGUGUCUGUUGCCAUAUGGAUUGGGGUGAUCCUGGAGCUGCUGCCACUGGUGCAUUUCCUGGAGCCUCUAACACCCACCAAUGAUUACAAGUGUCUUGAUUAUGCCAGCUCUGGAAACCCUGCGACAAACCUCAUCUAUAGCAUGUUCCUGACUGUCUUUGGUUUCCUCAUCCCUCUCUUGAUCAUGUGCUGCUUCUACGUGAAGAUGGUUCGUUUUCUUAAAAACAGGAGAGAGCAACUCAGUUCUGCUGUGACCCUCGAGAAGCCCCUUACUCUGGUGAUCCUCACCGUGGUUAUCUUCUCCCUUCUCUUCACUCCCUACCACGUCAUGCGCAACAUCCGGCUCGCAUCCCGCAUACCGGCCUUGAACGUCUCUGAGUGCACACAGGGAAUCAUCAGCACCAUUUACGUCAUCACGAGACCCUUUGCCUUUCUAAAUAGUGCCAUUAAUCCUGUUUUUUAUUUCCUAAUGGGUGACCACUUCAGAGAGAUGCUGAUGGCCAAAACAAGACAGCUCUUGGGCCGGCUGACAACCACUGGGAAGUGAAUGAGUAAGGAGACCCCUUGUAGUGGGAGAGGUCUGGGAGGAAACUCUCUUAGGGAGAGCAUUCAGCAAUGUGCCGUUUUUUUAGAUAACUUUAUUUAUGCAAUAGAAUAGGUAUGAGCUGAUUGUGUUCCUCUAAAUGCACCUGUUACCUUAUUGUAUGGGAGACCUUCUGCUGAGCUGCCUCUGGGAGGGAUACCAGCUCCCAGCAGGACAGCAGGACCCUGCUCUCGGAGUGUGAUGUCCCACAGCCCAUUAAUACUGCAAUCGGAAGACCAUCAAGCCAGCUCUCAGAGGGAAAAUGCACUGCUCUCAGACAGCUGCUUUGUGAGCCAUAACGUGCGCCUGGGCUGGGCAAAAAUGUGCUUUGUACAUCACCAGGACAGCCAGGCACGCUCACAUGGCUCUCACAGCCACCUAUCAGAGUAUGGAGCUACCUGUUUUUAAUACAAGUGCCAGUGGAAUCUAUAGCCUGAAGCAGAAUUUGGACCUCAGAGUUCAAACUUCAUUAGCAGUUCUACUAAUGAACCAGGAGCUAAUGAGGAGCCAGUCCCUGCCUGAUCCCUGCAGGAUCAAUCAGCAGCACAAGUUACUCUCCAAUGGACUGACCCGGCUUCAAAUAGACAGGGGAAGGAUCGAUGGAGGAAUGAGCUCAUAUGAGCUUGGGCUGGACCAGGAGCUGCUGGGAGGGGGUGUGGGCAGGGUGUGGGCAGCCCCUUCCCCUGCCUGCACCCCUGCAGGCACCGAGGGGCCCCGGGCCUGCCCAGGGACUCACUGCUCCCUAGCACACAGAACGGGAACCCAUCCAGUCUCACCCAGGUCAUCCUGGGUUCUGCUCUCUGGUGUGUCAGUCACUUGCAAUGUGCUUCGCUGUGCUGGUGGCACCAG